AUGGCUGCAGCUCGUUUUGCCUGUCUUCCGGCCACCCUGUUCAUCGGUUGGACUAUGUUGGCCUUGGCGGUGAAACUGUCUUGGGACCCUGGCUUUUUAAAGGUGGAUCUCGGCUUGGACAUGGUGAUGCCUUCAAGUCUCACAAGCACCGAGCCCGAGCCGCCAGAGACACCCCAGGCGGUACUGGUCUACACGCGCUUGGCCACCGGGGCUGCUCGUGAUUUCAGGAGUGACCACGACAAGCCGCCCUUCGCACGGAUCUCGGCCACAAGCCUUCAAAAUGGCGACCUCACCGUGAGUGUUGCCUGGAAUCGAGGUUCGCCCGAAGAGCCACCGCAGCCUCCAGAUCCUUUAGGGCUUCUGUGGGCUGGGAUGCCUCGAGCACCGCCAGAGGACUGCUCGGGCAUCAUGGAUCUCGUGCCCAGCUUUUGCACAAGAGCCAUUGAUGAAAUGGAGAUCUUCUCAGAACCGGCCGUGGAGCUGCGCAAAUACCUGCAGGCGGCCCUGGGCGGGGAGGACCUUUGGUCGCCGCAGCCGCCCCGUGCAGUGCCAGGUAUGAUUGCCAUCACUGGAUCUCCAGGGUCUGGGAAGACACGACUGGCCUGCCGGGUCUUCUCACAGCUAGCAGAUGAAGGCGUCAUGCCUUUGCAGGUGAUCUGUGGAAAGCUGAGCCAACCUGGAAAGAAGUUCAAGACAGUCCAGGAUUGGCUGCGCUCCAUCCUGAGCUUCGCCACUUGGUACUCACCGUGUGCCAUUUUGUUUGAUGACUUUGGCGCGCUGUGUCCCGAUGUAGAACCUGGUGCUCCAAAUCUCUCCAUCACAGAGGAGCGGUCGCCCAUGCUCGCGGAACUGCUGCUGGAUCUCCUGCCAGAGGUCCGCGCCUGUGGCGCGCGCCUGGCUCUUGUGGCCACCAUGCCAGAUGAUGCCGCCGUCCACCGGAUGCUUUGGACGUGGCCCGCGCUGGAAUACAAGGUGGCUCUUCGUCAGCCUCAGUUGAAGGAGAGGCCUGAGAUGUUGAUGGCCCUCCUCAAGGAGAAGGUGGAUGAAGGAUGGGAUGUUGAGCAGGGCUUGCUGGCCGAAGGAGCUCUAGAUGAUUGGGGUGGUCGCAUCGACGGCUUCAGCAUGGGCGACCUCGUGAGCCUUGUGGAGCGGACCUGUGUGGAGGCGACCGUGGAUGCCAGUGCGCAGCGGCUCUGCGGGGGCGAUGGCCGUGGGCCAGAGUGGGGCGAACGCCAGCGCAUCACACUUCAGCACUUGGAGACCGCCUGUGAGGGCUUUGUGCCAGCCACCAUGGCAGAGCAAAGCUUUUUCACCUCGGAGGUGCGGUUGGAUGACAUUGGAGGCUUGAGCAGUGCGAAGCAGGAGCUCAUGGAUAUGCUGACGAUGCCCACGAAGUAUGCAGUCCUACUGGAUCGGGCUCCAGUGCGCACACGCAAGGGCCUCAUGCUGGUGGGGCCGCCGGGCUGCGGCAAAACCAUGCUGGUGCAGGCAGCAGCCCGAGAGACCAAAGGAUUGUUGAGGUUUUUAUCUGUGAAGGGCCCUGAGCUGCUUUCCAAGUACAUCGGAGAGUCCGAAGCAGGAGUGCGGAAGGUCUUCGAACGCGCCGCGGCGGCCGCCCCGGCGGUGAUCUUCUUCGAUGAGAUCGAGGCCUUGGCACCCAAGCGUGGAGCUGAUUCCACCGGCGUGACGGACCGCGUGGUGAACCAGAUGCUUUGCUACCUGGAUGGCGUGGAAGACCGUGGCCGUGUCUUCGUGGUCGCCGCCACGGGGCGACCCGACAUGGUGGAUCCCGCCUUGAUGAGACCUGGGCGCUUCGACAAGAUCUGCUACUGUGGCUUGCCAACGGAGGAGGAGAAGCUGGAGAUUUGCCAGAUCUUAGCGAGGAAAAAUAGUCUCAGCGCUGAUGGUGAUGAUCUCGUGGCUUUGCUGCGCGAGUUGGUGGCCUGUCUCCCGAAGCUCUUCACCUGUGCAGACGUGAACGCGCUCUUCUCCUCCGCGAAGAUUGAAGCGGUGAACCAAGCAUUGGGGCAAAAGGAUUCAAUUGCUCAGCCAAAGAUGAUGUUGAGUCACCUGUACGAGGCCUUAAGCACCUCCAAGGCCUCAGUCUCGCCCGCCGAUGAGCGCCGCUACGGCGAGAUCUUCGCGCCCUACUGCCGACCGGCGAAGAGCGGGACGCCGUACGCGACCUCUGGACGCUGGAUUGUGGACCAGCAGGGUCUCCGCGUGAAGCUCGCGUGUGUCAACUGGGCUGGCGCCGAGGUGAAGGUCCAACGUGACCCCACGCUGCCCAUGGAGCUGCAGGACACGCUGCUGAAGGCCAACCCACAGCUCCGAGGUGCGACGGCGCUGGAGAUCCUGGACGCUGUUAUUGAUGCAUGCGCCUCUGCUCAGCUCUUAGUGAUCCUGGACAACCACGUGUCAGAUGGAACUUGGUGCUGUUCAGAUGUGGAUGAGAACGGCCUUUGGCACAAUAGUCGCUGGCCGACCAGUGAUUGGUUGCAGGCACACCUGAAGCUGGCCUCCCGCUACGCCAGGCAGCCGUGGGUCGUGGGCACCGAGCUGCGAAAUGAGGUGCGCGCCUCGACACAGGGCACGCCGCAAUGGGGCGGUGGUGGGCCCAAUGAUUGGCAUGCCGCCGCAACCCAGGCGGGUAAUGCCGUGCUCACGGUGAACCCCCAUUUGCUGAUUAUUGUGGGUGGCCUUGGCUACGGCAAAGACUUGACUGGUGUGUUCAGGUUGCCCGUUCAUCUCAAAACACCUGAGAAGUUGGUUUACAGUGCUCACUCUUAUUCGUGGUCUUAUCCAGGCUUGCCCGACACUUAUGAGGCGCUUCAUGCUCAGCUGGGCAAAGACUGGGGCUUCAUUGUGGAGGACGAGAGGCCCUUCACUGCGCCAGUCUGGGUCAGUGAGUUUGGCACCUUCAGCGAUUGCCAUAAGGACUCCUGUGCGAACUGGUGGCCCGACUUCUUGAGAUAUCUUGAGCAGGGAGACUUUGAUUGGGCCGUGUGGCAUGCGGACGGCACGUGGAGCCAUGAUGACUUGCAUCCCUUCCAUGGCCCAACCAACUAUGGGGUCUUGGCGGCGGAUUGGCAGCGUCCGGCAGCCGACGGCGAGCUUUUGGCGGCGCUGAAGACGAUCCAGGUGAGCGGGUUAGGGCAAUUGAGGCCUCCACCCUCUCAGUAUGGUUGA